AUGGCCGGUGUUUGGGUGUUCAAGAAUGGUGUGCUUAGGCUCGUGGAGAACCCAGGUGGCGACUCCUCGCAAGGUGCAUCUCGUGGUAAGGUGCUGGUGCACCUACCCACGAAUGAAGCGAUCACUUCGUAUGAGACUCUUGAACAAUUAUUGUCGUCUAUCGGCUGGGAAAGGUAUUACGACGAUCCCAACCUUCUUCAGUUUCAUAAACCGUCUACCACUCACCUCAUAUCUUUGCCUAAAGACUUCAACACGCUUAAGCCAAUGCACAUGUAUGAUAUUGUGGUUAAGACUCGUAAUGUGUUUGAAGUAAGGAAUUCAUAA